AUGGCUGAUUUAGAUGACAUCGAAUUUGAAUUGACUGAUAAGGAUGAACAGUGUGUUGAUAUUAUUGAAAAUUGCCCAUCACCUCCGUCACCAUUUAAUCUUGGUCAUAUCGAACAAGAAAUUAUUAUUCAACCACCUAUAACAUUUAAUGAUCAAGAAUCAGCAAUUACAAUAAAAAAUAUUGUCCCAUUUGAUACUAUUUUUUUUAACGAAGCAAAAAUUUAUCUACUUGAAACAAUGAAAAAUAAUACGUCAACAUCCAAUGAAACAAGACGAAAACAAUCAAAUAAUAAUGUUUUUCAACGUUUUAUAAAUUUUUGUCGUUCAGCAAUGAUUUCUAGUCGUACUUUAGAAUUUAAUCGACAAUGUGAAGAGUUACUUAAUCUAACAACAUUUCCAUGUAAUCUGUCCGAUCGUAUUCAUAUACGCAUUUUAUAUACAGUUUAUCGUCGCCUAACCAACUCGAAUGAAAUAUUUUAUGCUACACUCGGUUCCCAUUGGGAAGAUAUUGGUUUUCAAACAUCAAAUCCUGAAACUGAUUUUCGUUCAACUGGUCUUUUUUCAAUAUUUUUUCUUCUUUACUUUGUUGAUUCAAUGUAUUUACCAUUAGCUAAGCAAAUUUAUCAAUUUUCUCAUGAUCAACAACAACAAUUUCCAUUCUGUUGUAUUGGCAUUAAUUUAGCUAAUAUCAUUAUAAAAUAUUUUCGACGAUCAUUAUCUCGAAUGAAUAUAGAAAAAUUAGCUGAUCAAAAACAAACAGAUCAUACAGCCAUUGAUUUUACGGGUAAAUUAUUUAUUGCACUUUUUUUAAAUUUUUAUUUAAAAUGGAAAUAUAAUGCACACACUAUUGAAGAUACGCAACAAGUAUUGAAUGAACUUGAACAGUUAUUAAUGCAUCAACCAAAAAUGUUACUUGACGAAUUUAAUAAUUACUUUCAAAGAAGACAAAUAAAAAGUACACAUGAAAAAUCACAUCAAUAUGCAUUCCAACCAAAGAAUGAAAGUUUGACUUAG